AACCACGAACUAUGAGAUAAAUUUUACUUAAUAUAUAGUAAUAUAUCUUACCUAAUCUAACAUAAAAACUAAUGUCGAGUGUCAAUAUUUUAUACUCCUGUCCUGCCUUGGUGAAUAAUUAAUAUUGAUAAUAAUAUUAUGUUUAUGGCUUAUCGAUUCCGGACGCUUUGACGUCACGAACGCGUUCGUUCGUUAUCAAUAUUUUAUCAACAACUCGCCAGAAUGAUUAAACAUAUGUUCAUUGUUCAAUGUUCAAGCUUUUCACUCUACUGAGCUGCUCACUGUGUUGUAACUCGGACAAGUUGGAUUCCUCCUAGUUUUUUAUUAUUUUUUUUUACUGGUGUUGUGUAUAGUUGCUAAUAAUUACUGUUUACCUUUGUAAAAUGUGAAAAAUUAAUUAUAUUUCCUAUCAAAUUCUACACGAUUCGGUUUAGAGCUGAGAUUUCACUGUAUAAUAUACUGAAUAACUGGGGCACGUCAAAUUGUUGUUUGAUUAGAGUUUAACAAUCCGAAAAGGUCUUGCUCAUAAAUGUUGAAGUAAUUGUACGUCUAAUUCCAAUAUUAGAUAUAUUUUGUAUUUUUUACAAAAAUAUUAAAUUCCAUCAACAAUGAGUCGACAACCAGAAAACCAUAUCAUGGAUAUUCCUCCUCCUGUAUACACAAAUGUCGCAAAUAAUACUCAACCAGGAGAAUCAGAAAAUGGAAAUGUUAAUGCUACUCAGCAAAAUCCAGUUCAUUCACCGACAUCACCACAGCAUUAUGAUGUGCAGCCUCCUAGAUUAGACUUUUCUGCUCCUCCCCCAUAUGAAGACUGCAACCCAGAUUUUGUAAAGCUACCAACUUAUGAAGAAGUGCAAAUGGAAAAGCGAUUAGAAGGAGAAACAUCUCCAAGAUUACCUGGAAGAGUUAUUGGAGGACCUCCUAGCAUUGGACCAUUACCACAAGAAAUACCUGCACAAACAUUGACUGUUCUCACAAUUGAUGCUGCACCUAAUCCAUGUGAAAUUGACACUAAUUUAUUAGGCACAGACUACAUGUUUUUGACUGCUUUUUUAGUGGCUUUGCUAUUCAAUUGGGUGGGUUUUUUGGUGUUAAUGUGUUUGUGCCAAACGGUAGCAGCUCGUUAUGGAGCACUUGCUGGAUUUGGAUUAUCAUUAGCAAAAUGGACGAUGAUAGUUAAACGGAAUACUGAAAUGUCUGAUUUAUCACCAGAAAGUCGUUCAAAUACAUGGCUCUGGUGGUUAGUUAUGGCAUUUGGAUUUUUAAUUUGUAUUCGUGCUGUGAUACAAUACAUGAACAUCAAACGUGGCUGGAGACUGCUUAGUGUUCCUGCACAAGAACGAGUGUUAUAUUUUUAUUAAAUUUUUGAUCUGCUGGUAAAGUAAAGUAUAUGAAAUAUUUAUUUAAAUUUAUUUUUGUUCAUGUUUUGUUUUAUGUUUAAAGUCAUAAGUAUUAGAAAAACUAUUUAAAAAAAUAAUUACUCAACAUUAAUUGCAAGUAUUUAACCUUUGACAACACACAAAGACACCAAUUUAAUUGCAAAAAUGUAAAAAUUAGGUGGGGUACCAAACACUUAAGUAAAUAAAGUUCUCAAAAUCUUUUGUGUUAUAAAAUAACAAAAUUAUGUAGACUUUAAUAACAAAUUAAAAACAAAAAAAGUAUGGCUGUGCUAAUGUUGUCUCGUCAAAACAUGUCUGAAUGGAAAUAGAAAUUGAUUUAAGAAAUGAAAUGAAAAUUUAUUUUUAUGAUGAUAAAGAAUCUAAAAACAGUUAAGGAUUGUGUUAAAAUUCCAAUGGGGCUGGUCGAAAAAUAGUUUUUUUUGUGAGUUAUGACAAAAAAGAGAAUAUACACUAGAAAUCACUAAACAUUCCAAUAUACAAAUGUAGCAAAAUAUUCCUGCUCGAAUUGAGUCAAGACGUCAUGUUCUUCUUUCGCAUACUCGUAUAUAUAUUGAACAUGAGGACAUUUACCAAAUGUAAAUAUUUCAGUCAUCACUAGAUAAAUGUAUGAAACAAGACAAGAGCGCCCACUCUAAUAAAGGGGGAGGGGAAAUCAAAGUUCAGCCUUUUAUUAUUUUUAAAAUAAAUAUUAACUAAAAUCGUAGGGAGUCAUGCCUCCCCCAGGCCAUCCCUGCAGAUGCUCUUGAAACAAGAUAAGGAAAUUAUUGAUUGGUAUACUAAUAUAUAUAUAUAUAUGUGUGUGUUCUAUAUCUAAAUAUAAGAAUUGAACUAUUUUAAUAAAGCUAUACAUUUUUUUAAUUUUUAGAUUUACGUUCACUGUUGAUAUAAACUAUAAACAAUUAAAUAUGGGGUAUAUUUUUAUCCAAAGUGUGUUAUCAUGGGUUAAAAAAUAUCAAUCCCCAUUUUAGAUAUUAAUUUAUAUAAAAUGAUAACUAAAUAGUGGCUAUUCUAUAUUCUAAUGAAUUUUUAUCAAAUUAUGUUUAAGCAGUUAGAUUGUUUAUUCAUCUGAUUAUGAAAUAAUUAACAAAUUAAAUACGAGUGUACAGACGUCAUUUAUUUUGAAUGGUUUUAGUGGUUGUGUUAUUUUUACUAGAAAUACCUUAAGACAACUUGUCUUUGGGUACAAUCAAAUACUUAUAGUUAGG